AUGAAUGAAACAAUAUUAUCAGCAGAACCAUCACUUAUUCGUCAUAUAAAAUUAUAUUUAUUUAUAUCAAUUGAAUUACCAUCUAUAUCUAUAUCAAUUUAUAUCUUUUAUAAAUUCUAUUAUUCACAUGAAAUUCGUUCUCGUUUAAAUAAUCAUUCAAUAAUAGCAUUACUUAUUAUUUCAUUUAUUGAAUUAACAACUGAAUUACCCAUCACACUUCAAUAUCUUGGUUCGGGUCAUGUUCAACCUAAAGUUAAACGUUUUUGUCUAUUUUGGAUUUGGUAUUAUUAUACACUUCAAUCAAUAAGUUUAUUUCUAAUGGCCUGGACUUCUAUUGAACGUCAUAUACUUAUAUUUCAUUCAAGUCUUGUUCUAACAUCAAUUGGAAAAUUAAAAUGGCACUAUAUACCAUUAAUGAUUUGUAUUAUUUAUAUACCUAUAUUUUAUUUUUUUUCUAUUAUUAUUUAUCCAUGUGAAACUUUUUUUAAUUAUUCAUUACAUUUAUGUGGUUCAAUUUGUUAUCAUAGUAUAACAUGGUUAUCAACUUUUGAUUGGAUAACAAAUAUAUUAAUACCAUCAUUAUUUAUAUUAUUUGGAAGUAUAACUUUAAUGAUUCGUAUUUUAAUUCAAUUUAACAAAAUGAAACGUACAUUAAAUUGGCGUACAACACGUAAAAUGACCAUACAAUUAAUAUCAAUAUCAAGUCUUUAUUCAAUAUUUUGGAUUUCCUUUACUUAA